AUCUAAUUGUUUUUCUCCUUAAAACUCUAUAAAGUUACAUGUACAUUCAUCAAAGUUUAUUUCUUCCCCUGCUGUCUGAGAGAUUCUUGAUAAAUCAGUACCAUGUGGUUGGCCGAGGUUAUUAUAUUUGUGUUGGUCCGCUCCUGCUAUCUCUUACCAGUACCAUAUGACGUCACAGCACCGGAACAAAAUCUAGCAGCGGUUCAAAUUCAGACGGGUGGACGCACUGUACAUAUGAUGGAUGGAGAGACUUUGUAUGAAGGAGACAUCGUAAUGGGUCAUCAGAGGUCGUCGGUUCAUCAGUUUCAAAUGAGGAUGGCAGCCAGAGACAGCAACCUGGCGUGGACGGGACGGAUUGUCCCAUACAUCAUUGACACCGCAGGAUACACGAGCACAGAGCUGACAUCUAUACGAAGCGCUCUGGACAAAAUGGCCGUACUACUUCAAGACUGCAUCACAUUCAAACCUAGAACCAAAGAGUACGACUAUAUAAAGAUUCAGAAGGGACACGGGUGCUAUAGUUCCGUGGGUAGACAGGGUGGAGAACAGAAAGUUUCACUGGGACCCGGAUGUACCGUACGUAUUGGAACAAUAUACCAUGAAUUAAUGCACGCUUUGGGAUUCUGGCACGAACACACGAGACCAGACAGAGACAAAUAUAUUGUGGUCAACUUCCCGAACAUCAAUGCCUCCCACGUGUCUGAUUUUACCAAAAUGAAACCGGAGGAUGUUACUUUAUUGGGAGACUAUGACUACACGUCGGUCAUGCAUUAUUCUCCUGCAACCUUUGCCAAGGAUAAGACAAGCCUCAAGGGGAGAUCAUUCACCGUCAACAGAACAUGGGACAAUCCAUUCCCUGAGAGUCAAGAGUACAGGAUUGGACAGAGGGAUGAUCUUACUACACUGGACCUGCAAAAACUCAGGAAACUGUACCAGUGUGAAAACAAACAAUGCAAAAACCCUGACCCCCUCAGGAACGGUAAAGUGACGGGUCUGUCACUAAGCGGUUAUACCGGUGUUGGUGUUAAUAUUGACUAUUCCUGCAACGAUGCCAGUGACAUGCUGGUGGGACCUCGCAGAAGGUUUUGUAAACUAGAUGGAAAGUGGUCGGGAUUCCAACCGCAGUGUCUAAACCCUAAAGCAGGAUUCAUUCAUUAUUGCUCCUUUGAUUCAAAAACCGUUUGCGGAUGGACACAGGACCCCCAUAACUCCGCGGUGGGUAACUGGAUACUGAAUGACAAGGAGACAGAAACUGAAAACACGGGCCCUACUCUGGACCACACCACGGAAGACCAUACGGGAUACUACAUCUAUAUGGAGAGCUCCUACAGAACAAAGGGGGACCGGACCAGGCUUAUCUCCCCUGUUUUCAAUAUACUGAACAACACAGGACUCAUGUGUCUACAGUUAUAUUAUCAUAUGCACGGGGAAACAAUGGGUUCACUCAACAUUUACAUACAAAAUGAAAGGCUUACACAGACCUUCCAGAGUUGGACAAUCUCUGGAGAUAAAGGCUCCAGUUGGAAUUUUCUACACAGGAACUUCAGCAAUCCAAAUGUUCCUUUCAAAAUUGUUUUAGAGGGUGUGGUUGGACCGAAUUUCCUGAGCGACAUUGGUAUCGAUGACGUCAUAAUCAAGGACUGCAGUCUUGGACCAGAGGAUCAGCCCGAGAAGACUGAAGUCCACCAAUGUAACUUUAACACCGGAAGCUGUGGCUGGUCACAAGAAACAACAGACGGCAUCGGCUGGCAAAAUAACUCGGGUCCCACAGCAACUUUGUUAACCGGGCCGGAGUGUGAUCGCACCGACUGCACUAACGGGAUAUAUUUGUAUAUGGAGACAUCUGGUAGCAGUCCACAAGGAACCAAAGCAAUAAUGAGGUCACCAUUAUUCCAGACUACAGGAAACUCCUGCUUGAGUUUUUUCUACAAUAUGAAUGGAGCUGACAUUGGUGAACUAACAGUGCAGAUAGAAGAAGGGGACAACACCUCUAUGGUAUGGAGGAAACAGGGCAAUCAGGGGUCGGAAUGGCGCAGAGCAAUAGUUACACUAUCAAGUCAGGAGGCAUUCUGGGUUCUGUUUGUGGGCAGAAAAGGCUCUGGGUAUCGAGGAGACAUUGCAAUAGAUGACGUCUCCAUUACCGAAAAUGAAUGCAAGGUUGAUGUUUCCUGCAAUUUUGACAAAGAUUUUUGUGGAUGGCAAAACGAUCAAAUGGACGACUUCGACUGGUCAAGAAUAAAAGGUCCUACUGCUACUCCAAACACUGGGCCCAGGGCGGAUCACACCUCCUCUAACGGUUUUUACCUAUACAUAGAGACCUCGGCUCCAAGACUAGCCAGUGACGUGGCUCGUAUUUACUCCCCAUUCAUCAGUGGAUCCAAUCAGGCACCUUGUCUAGUCUUCUAUUAUCAUAUGUUCGGAGAGCACGUAGCUUACUUAAAAGUACUCGUAGAACCCAUCCAAGGACGCAAACAAUAUAUAUGGAAAACCUUCGGCAACCAAGGUGAUGUGUGGCACAAAAUUACAAUUCCUCUCCCUCCAAUGCAGAGAGAAUAUCAGAUUGCCAUUGAGGGCUUUGUUGGAGAUUCCUUUACUGGCGAUAUUGCAGUAGAUGACGUUGUUUUGUACAAAUCAUGCCCCAAAUGAAAUAAUUGUAUA